GUGUGUGUUUUUAUUUGUGUCGACGCUUUUGACCAAUUUCUCGUUUGCUUUGCACGCGUUUUUGUGCGCGAAGGCGAUAUUACAUUUUGAUGUUUGAUUCAGGGCGAGUUGGCGAACGAGCGAAAGAAGAAAAAAAAAAUCAUCAUCAGUUUUCUAUCAUUCUGAAGUCAACUCUGACUGUCACCCAGUGUUGAAUAUACGCAUAUAUGCGUAUCCAUCGUGGUCCGUCGACACACCACAUCAAAUCUCUAGUUUUUCCUCCUCUACUUCUUCUUCUUCUUCUUUUUCCUCUGCUGGCAACGUGCACGAAACUCUCAAUACAAUUCGCCAUACGCAUCCCCUUAUUUUUCGGUGCUAUAGUACAGCACACACAGCACAACAGAGCACACAGUACAGCACAGAAAUUGUGUGUACACCAAAAUGCGAGAAGUGAAGAGCGUGUGCCAAAACUGAAAAUAUCAUCCGGAUGGUGUGUGUUUGAAUGCGCUUCUCUCAUUCGAAUUGCCGCGUUCAGUCACAGUUUGUUUGUCCAUGAGUCAAGACGUGCUUUUGUCGCAUCAAAUAAUCAAUUGUUCGUUGAAAUCGUGUUUCGGUUCACAUAUCCAAACGGUUUGCUAUCGCAAUACAGCGUGUGUGCCAAUUAUACGGCCAGUCUAUGUGAAUACCGCGAAAUCAACGAACUUUUAUUACGUAUUUCAUUAUUAAAAACCAACAAACGAACUUCUUCUUUUUUCUGGUUUCUUUAUUUGUUUUACGAAGCCGACUUAGUAAAUUUUUGUUUUCUGUUUUUUUUCGUCUUCACUCGCUUUCUGUGUGUGUGUGUUACAAUGUGUAAACAUGACAAGUUUAUGAUGUAAUUUAUUGUGUGGUGUUUGUGCUUAAAACUUAUUGCAAUUCAUGAGAUUCGGUUGCGUUGAUUACUCUGCCACAUCGCCAAAAAUUUGCCACUUCCGUUUCGGGUUGUGAUUUUGAUUAUUCGUCGCCGCCGUAGACGUCGUCGCUGCGUAUUAUUCAUAUUCGUUUGUUAAAUUAAAUUUAAAAUUCCAAGUGAAUAUUUGAAGAUGGCAUGCAUCUCGCGACGUCCAUAAAUUCGACAAUAUAUUGAGAAGAAGAAGAGGAAAAAAAAAAUUUGAAAUCGCAUUAAAGUGUGUGUGUAUCGAGGACAACAAAAUAGCAUACACACAAAAUAUAACAUGCCAUCCAACGUACAAAACUCGGGCGGGCGACACACCGAAUGAGAGAAAUAUAUAUAAAUGAAAGUAACAAAUCGAACGAACGAAAUAAUAAUAACAAAAAAAAAGUAGCAGCAGUAACACACAGAGCAUAAAUGUGUUGUUGUCUGCCAACAGUGUACACCAAAAUUCAAUAAUCGAGAUUCAAAUAGGAAAAGUGCUUACAAUAUUAUUUGUAUUUUCACAACACAUACACACAAUGCGAAAUAAGAAUGGGAUUGGAAUUUCGUCUCUGUUCGCUUCGAUUUUCAUAAGCAUAUAAUGCAUUCUGAUACAAAUUUCAAUAAAAGAAUAAAAAAAAAUAGGUGAAUGAGAAAGUGAGUGUUGCUGCCGACGACGACGAGAAUAAGAAUACAAUAUUUUCUUUUUAUUUAAACGAAACGACAACAACGACAACGAACGACGACGACGACAACAACGGCAACUGAGUCAAAAAGAGAGAAUUCGAUUGAAUUCAUAUGCCAAAUACAAAAAUCGGCUAUUGCUGCUUUUCCUGCUCACUGUACCACAUACACGCAUACAAGUACACCGAGUCGGCAGAGUGUGUUGAGGCGCGUAUAUUCAACAAUGGAUCAAAAUUCGUUGCAUGCACAUACAGUCAUUGUUACAAUAUUAAAUUCCACUUUCCCUUCAGUUUGUUUUUUCCCAUCGUUGUUGACUCAUUCAUGGUGAUGGUGUAUGUGUUCAUAUGCUAAAGCGUCCGAAUCAAAAAGAAAUUGCUUGAAAAGCCGAAUACCAUAACGCCAAAAGAAAAAAUCCCAAAAGAAAACACCGCUGCCACCACCGCUUGCUACUCUCGGCCAGUCAAGGAACAACACAUCGAGAAAACGAAGAAAAAUUAAUGCACAAAGAAAAAAUAAGGAGAAAAUUUGAAAUAUUUGUUAAAAAAUUAAAAAGUUUGUGUUGAGCAAUGCUGAACAAAUACAGAAUACAGAAAGAGAGAGAGAGAGAGACAGAGGCAAAAUACAAUGAAAAGCAACCAAAAAGGAAGCUGAACAGAAAAAGACCAACUAGAAAAUAACAUUGAAAUGGAAUUAGAGCAAAUCUGAGCAGAAAAUAAAGGAAAAAAAAUAAUUUUUUUCUCUUCACAACAACAACAACAACAACAACAACGACGACGACGACGACGACGGUCUUAUUCGGCCCCGGCUUGAAUUGUGUGAACGCAAAAACUGAUCGCAUCAAUUGUUGAAAACUUUUCGCGCAUCCAGCAUGAAAACACAAAACGAGAAAAUUUCGAUAAGUUCUAGAAAACGACCAGCAUAAAAAAACAUACGAAAUUACGGAAUCACGAAACAGAGAACACAACGAGAAUAGAAAAAAAACAUUGGAACGCCUCUGAUCGAAUGAUGCCGAGAAUACGGUCGGAUAAAUGCUUCUAAUGUGAAUGUAUAAAUGAAUGAUGUCGAAUGUGCAGUGUUUUUCGGCUCUAUCGUUGCAGAGAAAAAAAGGAGAAAACGAAAGAGCCUCAUAUCCAAAUAAAUAAGUGGCAGUGACUGUGAGUUUUAAUAAACAUUUUGUAACGCAUUCAUAACUCAGUGACAAAGGCAAUGAAACAACGGUAAAAAAAUAACGCGAAAAAAAGAACAGAAACAUAAAUUGAGUGAGAGAGAGAGAGAGAGAGAGAGAAAUAGAAUGAAAAACCAAAUCAAGUGAACUUGAACUACGAUUGCCGAACCGGUACAGUAUGUUUAGUGAAAUGUGUGUGGAACAAAUGAACGAAAUUGGUGAAAAUGCCGAGUGCAAAAUGAAGUCAAAAUUUUGAAAACCAAAUCAAAUUAGCGUCGACCCACAAAAUACAUAUUCCGAGAGUGAGAUAUAGUAGUUGUAAAACAUUAUAGCAUACAUAGAUUUAUAUUAACGUACACGUAUCACUACACGCGUGCUCAUCAUAAUACACACAAUGUUUGAAACGAUGCACACGCACAAAAAGACACACAGGAUGGCGAAAUGUAAGCAUCACCGAGUCCGAGCCCCUAAUCGAAUGAUGACGAUAUGGAAUGUGUUGUUAAUUUGCUACUUUAUUGAAAUUGCAAAUAAUGUAGCACUAUCAAUAAUUGCACAGAGCAUCGAAGAUAAUAUGGAAUCAAUUCACAUCGUUGAAGCUGUCAAAGGAACAAUAGGUCGUUUACCAUGCAAUAUAACGCCAUCGGUGAAAGGCGAUAAAAUUAUACUAGUAAUCUGGUACAAAGAUGGAUAUUCCUUGCCGAUUUACAGUUUUGAUGCACGGAAUACGGACUUUGAGAAGGGUUCACAUUGGCUGGACGAGAAAAACCUGGGUAGCCGUGCUUAUUUCCAACCAUCAGUGAAUCCCGCAUCGCUGAUCAUUAACGAAGCACAGGAUUCAGAUAGCGGAAUUUAUCGGUGCCGUGUCGAUUUUCACAAGAGUCCCACCAGAAAUUCACGCGUUCAACUCAAAAUUAUACUGCCACCCGAAAAAUUAUUAAUUUCCGAUGAGAGUGGCGUGCACAUACCACACUAUACAAUCGGACCGUACAACGAAGGCAGCUCCGUGAAUGUCACAUGCGUAUCGACGGGAGGUAGACCAUUGCCGAAUGUAACGUGGUGGCACGAUACGACACUACUCGAUGAUACAUCUGUCAUUUUGUCAGGGAAUCGUGUAAAAAAUGUGCUUAAUCUUCAAAAAAUUGAAAGACGUCAACUGCAUAUGGUGUAUACAUGUCAGGCAUCAAAUAAUAAUGUUACCAUGCCGAUCGUCAGCUCAAUCACGUUGGAUGUGAAUUUGCGUCCAUUGUGGGUGAAAUUACAAGGAGAAAAUCGUCCAUUAUCAGCUGAUAAUGAAUAUCAACUGUGGUGCGAGGUGGUCGGCUCACGUCCAGCGCCGCUGAUCACUUGGUGGAAAGGGAGCACGCCGAUGCGGAAUACACGAGAGAUUAUUUCGACCGAUGGUAAUGUCACGCAAUCCGUAUUAAGUUUCACUCCGACCAUCGAUGACCGAGGAAAGUAUUUGUCAUGCCGUGCUGAACAUACAUCGAUACCCGAUUCAGGCACUGAGGAUGGCUGGAAAUUGGACAUUUAUCAUACACCAGUUGUUACUCUCGAGUUUGGAACUAAUUUAAAUACAUCCUUUAUACGCGAGGGAGCCGAUGUAUAUUUUGAGUGCAAUAUUAAAUCAAACCCAUGGGUGUAUAAAGUCAGCUGGCGUCAUAAUGGUAAAACGCUCGACAACAAUGUGCCAGAGGGAAUAAUUGUAGCCAACCAAAGUUUAGUGCUGCAAAAUGUAAGCCGAAGCAAAAGCGGCCUGUAUACGUGCAUUGGGAGCAAUCGUGAAGGUGAUGGCGAAAGUAAUCCGGUGCAUUUGGACAUUAAAUUUGCACCAGUUUGUCGUCCUGGCCAAAAAACGUUGUACAGCGGCGGGCGUCAGGAGACGAUCAAAGUUUUAUGCGAAUUGGAAGCCAAUCCACAAAAUGUCACAUUCAAUUGGAAAUUCAACGUAUCGGCAACGGAGUUCCUUGAUUUACCCGCAUCGCAAAUCUUUCCCGAACGAAAUAACGCUGUGGCCCAGUAUACACCGAUGACAGAACAUGAUUACGGAACGCUGCUAUGCUGGGGCAUCAAUGAGAUUGGAACACAAAUCGAACCGUGUAUUUUCAACAUCAUUCCAGCCGGCAAACCGGAUCCAUUAAGUAAUUGCACGGUAUUGAAUCAUACGUAUACGGGAUUCCAAAUUGAAUGCACCGAAGGAUUUGAUGGCGGUCUACCACAAGAGUUCAUUUUGGAAGCGUAUGCCAAUGGCCAAAAGCAGAACCCAAUAAUACUCAAGUCAAAUACACCAUAUUUCGAUCUUCAAAAGUUAAAUUCAGGUAUUGGCUACAGCGUAUUUUUAAUCGCACAAAAUGCAAAAGGUCGCAGCAAUUCAACGAUACGUCAAGUGUUUACACUGAGUAAUCCACAAAAACAAACCGAUACAUCAUCAUUGCUGGCGGCAGCAACACCAACGCUUGCCAAUCUAAAAACAUUUCUGCCAUUUUUGCUGUUCGGUUGUGCGGGUGCGAUUGCAUUAACCGCCAUCAUCGUUGUGUUUGUCAUUCGAAAGCGCGCCAAUCGUAGUGGCAACAGUACGAAUGAUGUAAUGGGCGAUCAAUCGACGGGCGGCAGUAGUGAUCGCUGUGAAACUGCCGCAUAUGCACUCAGCACACAACGUACAUUACAAUCAUCACAAGAAGCUGCACGUGAUUUAUGUGCGGACAGCAAUGAAAGUAUGGAAAAGAAUCCCGAUAUCAUACCUCAAGGAACAACACUGAACGAAAAGGAAGAGGAUGAAAAGGGUUUCGAAUGGAUAAAUAAUAGCAAUCAUCCGAGAAUUUAUGCGACAACAGCCGUUGCUGAACAAAAUGCGCUUAGUACAUUUAAUUCGAAUACAUUGUUUAUACCAAAAGAUGUAAUAACCCAGCCAUGGCCAAACGUUUACGCUCAGCAACGUAUACCGCAUCCAUUCCCUCAUCUCACACUACAACCGUCAACUGACGGAAUGAUAGACACGAUGACACUGCCACCAAAUGCUGUUGCGACCCUGCAACAGAAACAACAUCAAGCAUUCAUCCCGCCACCGACGCACAACAAAUAUGCUCACAUGCACAACGAUUUAACUUAUGCCGAACUUAUGGUCACUUCGCCAGUGCAACGAGUUCAUUUCACAUCGACCUUAGGGCGACCACGAACAUCAAGCAUGAAACAACAGGAACCAACCAUCUAUGCUCAAAUCGAUUUGGCGCGGCCAAAUGCGAUGUAUGCAGCCAAUUCGAUGUACAUAGCGAAUAGCGCAACUGGUGUAACAAUAUCUCAUCCAACACAAUUACCGACUACGUUUCCGCCUCCACCAGCUGUUUUUGCCAACCGGCCAACAAUUAAUUUAAUAAACGCUUCAAAUGAUACGACGAGUGAUGGCAACAACACCAUUACAACAACAGCCAGCAGUAGCAACAGCAGCAGCAACAACUGUAGUAGCACCAACAAAAGGGACAUUGCCAAUGACACAACGAAUUCAAAGCAUCCCGCUUCAUUGUUGCAAACGGUGCCCGAAAUUCCACCACCACCAACAAGAAUGGAAAAUUCCUCGAAUGCAUUGUGUGACAGAACAUUAGCAAAUAAUACAACAAGAUUCUGACUAUAAAUGAAAUGAUAUUAACAACAAGCUCACACAAACCAAGCCCAGUAAAAAGUAAAAUAGCAAACAACGGAAUCGCUUAAAAUUCACAAUCUAUCACAUUUCAACUACUCUCAAACAGUAUUUGGCUAGAAAAGAACAGAACAUACACACCGAACAAAGAGAAAAUAUGGACCGUGCAUUUGAGGGGACAGAGAGAGUGUGGGAGAGAGAAGGACAGAGGCAGAGACAGGAGCAAAGAGAGAAUUAAGUGUGUGAUAUUGAUAAUGGGACGCGAAACGAGAGAACGCUCAACUGGUCUCUCGAUGCAACACAUCUCAGUUCAAAUGAGAUAACAUACACAUAGUUUGUGAGAACAGAAUAGGUUUGCCCCACAGCAACAGCAACAGCAACAGCAACAGCAACAAAGCAACAAACACAACUCAGUAUUUGAUUUCUUUUGUUUUGACUCUUGCUAUUUGCUACCACACUACUACUGCUGCCACUAUCGCUGCCGCCGUCGUCACUGUCACCGUCAACUCUCCGAUUCCAAUUCCGUCUUCGUCUAUUCCGCUUCCAUUGUGUGUUGAAACUGUGUGUUCCUUAAUUAAUUUUUCUAGCUUUUCGAAAUGUUAUUACGGAGGUCCCACUCUUCGAAACACACACAGCGAGAGAGAGCUUAUUUGGACAAUUUUUGUUCGUGUUCCACGGCCUAAAAUUCACCCGGAUUUGACUCCCGAACAAAGCGCAAAACCGAAGAGACGAAGAGUAAAAAAAAACCAUAGCAGCAGCAGCAGCAGCAACAAGGGAAAAAACCAACAAAAACCUAUCGUAUAUCUAACGAAAUGCUCAACAAGAAAAUAAAUAGAAAAUGCAAAAUAAUAACGAGAUAACAAACAAAAGAGAAUGACGAAGAGUGAGAGAGGGAAAAAGAGAAAAUUGUGUUAUCCAAAGGGAUAUUGCAACUUUUUUGACCAGAAAAAACGCCAUCUUACGUCGUGCCCGUAAAUUAUUUUACUGUACUUUUAGAUGGUAGAGCUUGAAAAAAAGUUCGACACUACGCAUAAACUUGGAAAGAGCUUGAUAAACUUGAUGAAAUACAUAUAUUUUAUGGUCGUUGCAAUACCCCUAUGGUGUUAUCAGUCAAGAGAAAAUUUCGAAUAACGAUGGCUAGUUGCUAAUGGAAUGAAGUGUGAAAUAAAGUGCGAGUACAACGAAAUUCGGCACACGAAGAGCAGCGAUGGUUCAUCCGAUAAAUGGGGGACUAAAAACGCAUUCAUCAACACACAAAACAAUGAAAUACAAUGUUCCAAAUGAAUUUUGUGUGCUGGCCACCGAAAGUCUCUAGCGACACAAAAUACACACACAAACGCCAUUCAACCACUCAUUCGUUCGUUCGCCUCGGUCGCUCGUUCAUUGGGUAAGAUGAAUUAAUUUAUUCAAUCGAAACAGUUAGAUAGGAAUAAAUUCAGGACCGGAAUGGAAAACAUAAGAAGCAUUUAAAGCGAUUCACUUUUUAUGGAAAUGAAUCGAAAAUACACGCAAAAUGGUUACAAAAACCAUUUGAAAGUGCUUCUGCCACCAAAUCUUUUGUAAAAUCUCUCUUGUUUCGAUUGCUCAUUUUCGAAACCGCAUUGCAUUUAGUGUAAACGAGAGGGAAGGCAAUACGGAAAAUGAAUAUGAAAGUAGAAGAGUAGUGAAGAAUAAGGGAAACGAAGGAAACGAUGCGCAAACGGGGAGACGACGAAAUGAUAAUAAUAAACAAGGGAAUAAAAUGAUGAGAAAAUAAGAAUUGCGCGGACGAAAAAAAACGACGAAUUGUCUCGUUAUUGCCAAUAAUCCGUCAAUUCCAAAAUAAAACAAAUACACUCACACUGACACUCACAGUGCUACUCGAUCACGAAACUCUAAAUCGAAUUGUACUGAGAAAAAAAAAACAAACAAAGAUAUAUAUAUAUACAUAAAUAAUAGGAAAUCGUUUCACUCAUUUUCAUCCCUAUACCUAUAUCAAGCGCAAUGGCAAAAUGAUGCUCCAAUAAAUACACAACACUCAAUGAUGAUACAAUUAAGUGAGAGGCUUCUAUUCGAGAAAGAAUAUUCGUAUUUCGUUCGUUCGACAGAACCGUUUUUUUUUCUCUCGAUAACGAUAAAGUUGAAAAAAAUUAAAAAAAAAAAACAAUUUUAAAUACAAAAGAAUAGAUGCGAGCAUUAACAUCAAAAAUCGUUCAGAACAACACCAUAUUCUGGCGACAUGAGCAUCAGUGACAGAAUGACAGAGAAAAAAAAAUGAACAUAGCAGAAAUUAAAAUAAAUGAAAUUUUAGGAAUUCUAUCGCAAAAUCAUUUACCGAUAAACUUAUGUGAUUUCAUAUAACAUCUGCCUAUUCAGCAGGCUAUUGAAUUGUGAACAGAUAAAACGAAAGAGAUGAAAAAAGCAACCCUUUUAUGUAAUAAAACCAUUUAAAUAUUGUUCGAUACUGAUUUUGAAUCGUUCGUGCGCGUUGAUUGUGUGACAAACAGAACGAAACAGAAAAAAAUCUAUUGCAAUAAGCUGUCAUUUUCAACAAUUAAUCAUUUCCGUUAUUUUGCUUUUAAAUGUUUCAUUUUUUGUAGUUGUUGUUGGUAUAUAUGUGUCAACAUCAGCAGAACAGCAGCAGCAGUAACAACAAAAACGCGAGAAAAAAAAAACCAUCGGGCAAUUUGAAAUAGAUUUGAUGGGAGGCUUGCUUUCGCAGCAAAAGUACAACAAAAAAUACAGCUGGACGGGCUUCAAACAAUGCUCUUAAUGCUCUCAAUGCCAAUGAAUAAAUGCAUUUGUGCUGUAAAAUUAAAAUUAAAAUUUUAAUUACAUUCAAUGAAAUAUGGUGUACAAGCGACGACGAGCGCGACAAAGCAAAACUGUAAAAGGCCGAUGAAAAGAAAUGGUUGGAUCGACCCGUUUGUUUUUUACGGUCAAACGAAAGGAAGAGCACGGUGGUGGAGAGACAGCGGAGGGAUUGGACGUCCGUCGCAAACGCUUCAUUUCAAUCAUUCGCAAUCGCAUCAAACGAAAGUAGCUGACACGCAGUUAUUUGGCCAUUUGUAAGCCAUUUUAUUCGUUGGUUUAUAAAAUUGCGUUUGUUGCUGCAAUUAAGGGUCGCUCUGCCCUUUUUUUUAUACAUUCAUUCGGUGACUAAUUGUUUUUCGCUUCGCUGAAAAGCUUUCCCGCCAACGGCAUCCAACCGUAUGUUUUUCGUACGCACACACACACAGUCUACAGACGCGCACUCGGACGUUCGCUCGAAUUGCUUGAAGCAUAACAUUGCAAUCAAUUUGAGCAUUUUUCAUUUGUCACAGUUUUUUGUCUUCCCCAACGACACUUUCAAAAACAGUAUGCUGACAAUAUUUAUUAAAAAAAAUAUAUAUGCAUAUAAUAUCAAUUGAAAUCAAUAUAAAAAUGCCCCCCACAAAAAAAAUGUUCACAUAAAUACUGCAAACGUCCCCGCUAUCAUAAUCACAAUAGGCACAAAUCAAGCGGAAAAUACACAAACGACUCAUCAUAACCCAGCUCGACACAUCGAAGAGAGAGAGUGAGAUGGAAGAGCGGAAAAAUAGGAAUCUAAAUUUUCAAAAGCUCGUACUUUGAAUUAUGUUAAUUGGGCAAAAGUGUGACCGCAAUGGAGCGGUUUUUGAAAUGCGCAGUUAUUAGAAAUAACUGUGGUGAAACCGGCCAUUUAAGCCCACCAAUGCCGUUGAUUUCGUGGUGACAAACGUUUUGAAAUUCUGUCCGAUUUCCCACACACUUUGCUCACUCACUCACUCACUCACACCAAUACAAACGCACAUUCGAAACAGAAAUUGAAUCAAAAUCGAAGGCUGCUGCUAUUACCGCCAUUGUGGCGUGCGACGUAGUGUACAUAUUUCCAAUAUCCAUCGAACGUACAUUUUGUUAAUGCAUUGAUGUGGGUGCAAGUUUGCGGUAUUGUGUACAAAUACACGCAUCGUAAAUAUUUCCGUAUUUAUUCAAAUUUUAUCAAUGUAAACUAAUCAUUUAAAUUGGCAGUAUUGAUAUAAAGAGUUGAAUACAAGAAGGUGGAGCUGAAUAUUGUAAAAUAUUAUGUAUGCGAUGUGUAUGUGCUACCAUUGUGUUUUUCUCUCUGUUCGAAUGAAGAAGAAAGAAAAUAAUAUUUUCCAAAGAGUGAUCGAGUGAGCGAGUAAGAGAGAGAGAGAGAGAGAGAGAGAGAGAGAGAGUUUUGUGAGUUAUGUGUGCAUAUUCUUUUUGUGCUAUACGUAUAUAUAAACCAAUGUAAAUUUCCACGAGUUUGACAAACGGAAUGUCACUCUACCUCGAUACUUUUCUUCUCUCGUCUUCUCUUCUUCCUUCAUCGUGAAGGAAAAAAAACGGAUGUUUUUCUUUGGAAAAUACUUCGUGUCAUUCUUUUCGAUAUGAAAAAUUCAAUAUGUAUAUUUAUUUUCUUCGAACGAACAUGCAAAUUACAAAUAAAAUGAAGCAAAGUAAAGCACAAGGAAAAAACACCGUUUUUUUUUUCAAUUCGUCUUCCCUCCUUGAAUUUGUAACUCUUUAUAUGUGUUUUUUCCAUUUCAAAUCACUUUCAACCUUUACCCUCAGCAAAUCAUACAACAUUCAAAUUCAUUCUUCGCUAAACCAUUUCCAGUAACAACAAAAAACCAAGAGAAAAGAAUUUAACGAGAGAAAGAGUGGAAAAAAAGUCUACACGAACCAAACAAGCAAGCAAAAAAGCAAGUUAAAUGUGAAGUAGUAGCCCGUAAAAAGUUGGUACACGCCAUUCGACCGGAAUUUUCCUUCGGUGUUUGUUAACUAGUCAAAUUUUCGUUACGAACCACAAAUCGGAUAUUCGAGUUUUUGGCUUCAUUUAGAGAUUUAAUCCAUUUAUUAGUUUAAGAUGUGAAAUAUUGCCAAACCGUUGGGAAAUUUUCGGUAGUCGUGGUAAUGGUGAUGGUUUGGGCUCGUACCGAACACAAACACCCACACACCAACAAAAAGAGAUCAAAAUUUUGUCGGUUCAGCUCUACUACUGACUAUACCACACAUAGUAUACAUACGGUGUUUGUUUGUAUGUACAACACUAUCUAUACAUGUGUAUUCUAUUUGUAGAUGUAUCAACGCAGAUAAAGGAUCUGAUCGAAAGACUUAUAUAUAUAUAUAUAAUGACUAUUUUCCGUUUUCUUUUUGGCCAAACUUUUCCGAAACCGAUGAUACGUAUACGUUUUGUGAGAUGAGAAAACAAAAAAAUCAACAACAUUCAUUUAGGUAAAACAACGAGAGAGAGAUUCUGUUAUACUAAAUAUACUAGAUAAAAUGAACUAAACAAAAAUGAAAGAACAAACAAAAAAAACCAUGUGAAUUAUUUAAAUGGGUGACCGAUCAGAAUGUUAUUGUAAAAUUAGGAAAAAAAAAUCGUUCCAUUUUUUUUUUAAAUUUGCUUAUACAAGUAUUCAAGGUGCUGGCCAAAAUCAAUGUAUUUAUAUAUAAAACCAAAAAAAAAAAAAAAUAAAAACAAAACAAACAAAAAUGUUUCAAAAUUACGCUUUCCGUUGGAUUUGUCUAGUCUUUUUGUCAUUUUAUAACAUGUGUGUGAGUCCGUCCGCAUGAUUGCGCACUGCCGUGAAUCGUGUACGAUGCGAUCACAUUCAAAUCAAUACACAGAAAAAAUGAAAGAAAAAACAAUUUACAAAAAAAAAUGUGUAAUAACUUUUGAAAUAACGUAAAAACUUGUAUACAUUUUUAAAUAGAAUUAAUGAAUUGUAUCCAUGUAUCUUAUUUGUUUUUAGAAGAAGAUGGUGAAGAAAAACAAAGAUUAACAGAACUAAGAAAGAAAAAAUCAAAUGAAAUCAAGAAAGAAAAAACAAGAAAAAAAAAUUUACCAACUUAAAAGAUUAAGGUCAUUAGAGAAAUAGUAAGAGAUAAAUGAUAGACAGAUGUCGAUGACGUGGAUAAAAAAUUGAACUCACACACAGACACACAAAAAAACAGGAAAAUCAAAUAUUAAAUUUAUCAAUUAUUGUUUAAAAUUUAAAUAUAUGAAUAAAAUUUUAAUGAUAUACA